CAUUACGCGACCAGUUACAAUUUUGCUAAAUCGUAAAUUCACCGGCGUGCUCCGGUUCUCGUGCAUUUCAAUGUCUGUAUGCGCUCAACGCUACAGCUUAAUUCAUUUAUAUUAAAGGUUUAAGGUAAAUUAGCUACAAUUGAGCACCGACAUUACAAAAUAAAUAAAAUUUCACCAACGUCCGUUACGACUUAGACAAACUCAACUUGGUUCGGAUGUGACGAGGUUAAUAUCGAGCGUACCCUUUAAAUAUAUUUUAGCGGCUUUCUCUCUGAGAGCCAGCUAGCUACUGCUUGCAUGUUGCUUUCCAUGCUAAAUGAAAUACUUAAUCUAUUCCGAAUAAAAACAAACCCACGCGGUUUUUAAUCUUCUGUGACAAAUUGCCACGAGGGGAAAUAUGAACAGUAGGCUGCAAGAGAUCCGCGAGAGGCAAAAACUAAGGCGGCAACUGUUAGCCCAACAGUUGGGGGCAGAAAGCGCUGACAGCAUUGGAGCUGUCCUUCACAGCAAGGAUGAAUUAAAGGAGAUCGAGGAAACCAGAGAAACUUGCAGGGCUUCAUAUGACAGCCUGCUCCCCUCUUCCAAAAGGAAGCAGCCGACAGAAGGAGAGGACACAGAGGAGGAUGUGGAGGAACAGAAAGAUGAGGUGGAAGUGCAGCAGCCAGAUGAGAGCUCUCCAUAUGAGGAAGUGUACAAAGAUUCCAGUACUUUCUUGAAGGGUACCCAGAGUCUGAACCCUCACAAUGAUUACUGUCAGCACUUUGUGGACACCGGACACAGACCACAAAACUUCAUAAGAGACGUCGGUUUGGCUGACCGAUUUGAAGAAUACCCCAAACUGCGGGAGUUGAUAAGACUCAAAGACGAGCUGAUCGCCAGCACCAACACCCCUCCCAUGUACCUCCAGGCUGAUCCAGAGCACUUUGACCUGCGGGAACUGAAGAGCCAGUUUGAUGUGAUUUUGCUUGAGCCUCCUUUAGAGGAAUAUUACAGAGAAUCAGGCAUCAGCCACACAGAGCGCUUUUGGACUUGGGAUGAUAUCAUGAGAUUAGAGAUUGAGGAGAUAUCGGACCUGCGCUCCUUCGUCUUCCUGUGGUGUGGCUCUGGGGAGGGACUGGACUUGGGCAGAAUGUGCCUGCGAAAAUGGGGGUUCAGGAGGUGUGAGGACAUCUGCUGGAUCAAGACCAAUAAGAACAAUCCUGGCAAGACCAAAGCCCUGGAUCCAAAGGCAGUCUUCCAGAGGACCAAGGAGCACUGCCUGAUGGGAAUCAAAGGAACAGUCCGCAGGAGUACGGAUGGAGACUUUAUCCAUGCCAAUGUGGAUAUUGACCUAAUCAUCACGGAGGAGCCAGAGAUGGGAAAUGUUGAAAAGCCCGUUGAGAUCUUUCACAUCAUCGAGCAUUUCUGUUUGGGCCGCAGAAGGCUGCAUUUGUUUGGGCGAGACUCGACCAUCAGACCAGGCUGGCUAACGGUUGGUCCUAAUUUGACAAACACCAACUUUAACCCAGAGACGUACGCGUCGCAUUUUGCUUCGCCCGACUCCUACCUGUCCGGCUGCACCGAGGAAAUCGAGAGGCUGCGGCCCAAGUCUCCCGUGAAGCUGAAGUCUGACCGUGGGGGCGGAGCGCCCAGAGGCGGACGUGGAGGACCAAAUGCUGGAAGGGGCGGAGACCGGGGACGAGAAAGAAACCGUCCAAAUUUCAGGGGUGACAGGGGGGGGUUCCGAGGAAGGGGAGGGCUACAUAGAGGGUUUCAACCUCGAUAGAGGAAGACUGAAGUAGUUACACAGGAUUUUGUUUUUCUUUUCUAUCACAGUUAAUGUGAAUAAACUUCUUAAUUCAUUGUGGUCUGGGUCAGACAUAUUAGGACCUAAAUAAACUUUUUUAUGCUAA